ACACAAAAAAAAACCUCGUACAUAAAUCUUCAAUGGCGUCCCUACUCAAAAUAUUUUCGGUUUCACCAAGAACAUCAUUAUCAUCAUCAUCAUCUACCACAACUGUUCAUUCUCGACCUCCUCUUGCACCAUUUUUCCCUCUCUCAUUCACUAGGAGGAGAAUAGCCAUUAGAGCAGCUGGAAAUCAAGUUGAUGAACCUAACCAACAAACUAAAACCGGUUCAAGCUUCAAUCAACUUCUUGGUAUUAAAGGAGCAGCCCAAGAAACUAACAAAUGUAAGGUUCGUCUUCAACUCACAAAACCUGUGACUUGGCCUCCAUUAAUUUGGGGGGUAGCUUGUGGUGCUGCUGCCUCUGGAAAUUUCCACUGGGAUUUUGAGGAUGUUGCUAAAUCAAUUGUGUGCAUGAUGAUGUCUGGUCCAUUUCUCAUGGGAUAUACACAGACUAUGAAUGAUUGGUAUGACAGAGAAAUUGAUGCAAUAAAUGAACCUUACAGACCAAUUCCUUCUGGAGCAAUAUCUGAGAAUGAGGUAAUAGCUCAAAUAUGGUUUCUGCUACUAGGAGGCCUAACCUUGGCUGGUAUAUUGGACAUAUGGGCAGGGCAUGCUUUUCCUACAAUAUUUGAUCUUGCACUAGGUGGAUCUCUGGUCUCUUAUAUAUAUUCUGCACCUCCUUUUAAGUUAAAACGAAAUGGAUGGAUAGGAAACCUGGCCCUUGGAGCAAGUUACAUCAGUUUGCCAUGGUUGGCUGGUCAGGCUUUGUUUGGGACUCUAUCAGCAGAUAUAAUUUUUCUCACACUAUUAUACAGCAUAGCUGGAUUUGGGGUUGGUAUUGUCAAUGACUUCAAAAGUGUGGAAGGGGACAGAGCUCAUGGUCUUCAGUCUAUUCCAGUUGCUUUUGGUGCUGAAACAGCAAAGUGGAUAUCUGUUGGGGCUAUUGACAUUACACAAUUACUUAUUGUUGGAUAUCUACUUGGGGCUGGUAAACCAUAUCACGCUUUGGCUUUACUCCUCUUGACAGUUCCACAAGUCAUUUUUCAGUUCCAGUACUUCCUCAAGGACCCUGAGAAAUACGAUGUUAAAUAUCAGGCUAGUGCACAGCCAUUUCUGGUACUUGGCAUGUUGGUGACUGCUCUUGCAAGUUGCCACUGAUGAUUAGUUAAUGUACAAAAGUUACAUAGGAAGCCAAGGAAUUCAUAUAGAUCGAAUUAAUAAUUAGAUGAAGAAGUGAUAUUAUUAAGAUAGGUGCAUUCUAGUAUAUUUCAUUUUUUUUUUGGUGCCGUUUAAUUAUUCUAUGAGGUUUAAUUAAGAAAUGUCUUUCUAGGAAGCCUAACAAAUUAAACACAAUGUACUAUUUUGACACAACGAUUUCCUUUCACGUUUUUUAGAACUUACUGUCAGGAGGAAAGGAAUAUUACUUGUGUUAA